UUGGCGAAAUGAACUCGGUCAAAUUGGCUCUCACUGUCUUGGCUGUGGUAGUGAUGAGAGGCAGGCUGAGGGGGCUGCUGCUUCUUACAGGGAGCAUCAGUCCUGCUCUCAUUGGCCAGAGGAGAGUGAUGUUGUGAGCCAAUAGGAUUCAGAACUGUACAAAGAAAUCCAGUCCCUGCCCCCAUGUUGAGCCUCAUCGCUGCAACAUUUGUGGUGAGAAGAGCAUCAGGAGAGACGGUCAGCCUGCGAUGUCGAUUUACGCACAAAAACCGCUCCUUGUGUGGUCAUGCGUGGUAUUCGCGGACUAUUUCUUGUGUGGAAAAGACCUGGAUUAAGAAUUUCUGGCAUGUUACUGCAAUCAAAAUCGAGUGGAACACGUCUUUUAUAGCGGACCGAGGAUGACAAAGACAAUAGGACGAGGAGGCAGGAGAUGGCACGCGCUUUGGUUGCUUUAUUUCAUCCUCCUGUGGACUACGACGCACGGACAGACUCGGUACAGCGUCGCAGAGGAACUAAAGCAAGGUUCUGUUGUCGGGAAUAUUGCCAAAGAUUUGGGUUUUGGACUGUCCGAGAUUUUUCAGCGCGAGCUGCAUGUGGCGUCUGAGGCUGGUAAGCAGUACUUCAGCGUGGACGUGGGGAAGGGAGAGCUGCUGGUGAAUGACAGGAUAGACAGAGAGGCUCUGUGCGGACAAAGCAGUAGCUGUGUGCUGCCGUUGCAGGUCGUAAUAGAAGACCCUUUACAGCUAUUUCGCGUGGAAGUAGAAAUACUAGACAUUAAUGACAAUGCGCCGAAAUUCCCGUCAAGCGAAAUUACAUUGGAAAUUGCGGAGUGGACAAUUGCCGGGGUUCGUUUCCCGUUAGAAAGCGCCAUUGACCCUGAUGUGGGAGGCAACUCAUUAAGAUCAUACACACUCAGUAAAGACGAGUGUUUCAACAUCAGAGUGAAGGAGGUGGCGGGCGGGAGGAAAGUUCCAGAAUUAGUUUUAGCAAAGCCAUUAGACAGAGAGAAGAAGUCGGUCCAUACACUGCUAUUAACAGCUCUGGAUGGGGGGAAUCCUGGUCGAUCAGGAACGUCUCAAAUAUCCAUUAAAGUUCUGGACAUAAACGACAACAUUCCAACUUUUGAGAAACCGUUAUAUAAGGUUUCAGUCCCUGAAAAUUCAGCAGAAGGCGCAGUAAUAGCGCAAACAAAAGCGACAGAUAUGGACGAGGGUCAGAACGGAGACAUAGAAUAUUUGUUUGGCGCGCACACACCUGAUGACGUCCUGUCGCUCUUCACGAUUGAUAAUGCUUCUGGAAUAAUAUAUUUGAAAGGAAAAUUGGAUUUCGAAUCAGCCGCUAGUUAUGAAAUCGACGUCACAGCUAAAGAUAAAGGUAAUCCGAGAAUGGAGGGUCAUUGUUCCGUGCACGUUGAUGUGAUGGAUGUGAACGACAACGCCCCAGAAAUUAUCCUCACAUCUCACCCAAAACCCGUGCGUGAAGACUCCGCCAAUAACACCGUCGUAGCUCUCAUCAGCGCCCGAGACAUUGACUCCGGUGAUAACGGAAAAGUUACACUGCGUAUCUCUAACAAAUCACCUUUUUCGCUUAAACCGUCUUUCUCACAGAAUUACGCGCUCGUGACGAGCGGAACUUUAGACCGAGAGAAAAUCUCUGAGUAUAAUGUUGAGAUCACAGCCACUGACUCAGGUGCUCCUCCGCUGUCCAGUAAGAAAACUGUCCAGGUCAGCCUCACUGACGUGAAUGACAACCCUCCUGUGUUCUCUCAGUCCUCUUAUAACGUCUAUUUGAAAGAGAACGGAGUAGCAGGAUCUAUCCUCUUCUCAGUCUCUGCUUCUGACCUGGACUCUGGUGAGAACGCAAAAAUCUCUUACUCCAUUCUGGACUCUAAGGUUCAGGAGGUGUCAGUCUCAUCUUACGUUUACAUCAACUCAGAUAACGGCAGCAUCUACAGCAUGCACUCGUUUGACUAUGAGAAGCUGAAGGUGUUUGAGAUUCAGGUCCAGGCAAAGGAUCAGGGCUCUCCGUCUCUCAGCAGCAACACCACCGUCCAUGUGUUCAUCCUGGACCAGAACGACAACGCCCCCUCUGUCAUUUACCCGUCCUCUGCUGCCCUGGGCUCCCUCUCUCAUCAGAGGAUGCCCCGCUCCGCUAAAGCCGGUCACCUGGUUACCAAGGUGACGGCCGUGGAUGCCGACUCGGGUCAUAACGCCUGGAUCUCCUACAAAGUGGCGGAGGCCACGGACGCCUCUCUGUUCACGGUCAACCAGUACACAGGGGAGGUGAGGACUAAACGCUCCGUGUCCGAGCACGACGACUCCUCUCAGAGACUCCUCAUAGAGAUCAGAGACGAUGGGGAACCGGUCCAGUCCGCCACCGUCACCGUGUCCAUCCUGCUGGAGGACGGGCUCCAUGAGCCCAUCUUGGACCUGAGACACAAAGUGUCCGAGCCCAGCAAGAAGAGCGACAGACUGGCCCUGUAUCUGAUCCUGUCUCUGGCCUCGGUGUCCGUGCUGUCGCUGGUGACUUUCCUCAUCUUAGCGGUCAAAUGCAUGAGGAGCAGCAGAAGCAGCGGCGCUUGCUGCAUGAGACGCUCAGACUGUGAGGAUUACAAGAACCCCAACAGAAACCUGCAGAUCCAGCUCAACACUGAUGGACCUAUCAAGUACGUGGAGGUCCUGGGAGGAGACAUGAUGUCUCAGAGUCAGUCCUUCAGGUCCUGCAUGUCUCCCAUGUCAGAGUACAGUGAUUUCACGCUGAUCAAACCCAGCAGCACCACUGACUUUAAGGAGGUGAUCAGUGUCCUGGAUGCUUCUUUACCGGACAGCACCUGGACCUUUGAGAGCCAGCAGGUGAGCAGAAACUGGCUUUUUAUUAAUUUUGAAGGUGUUUACAAUUUUUUUGACGAUAAAAAAAAUAAAUGAUAAUAUUAUUUAAAU